AUGGCUUCUUCAUCAUCACACAUUUUCCCCAACGACACCAGCGCAAGCGAUUUCCGCCGUGCUGUCAGACGUCAAGCCGCAAGUCGCCACGAUUACGCAGUCUCAGGAGCAGGACCCAGCGCUCAAGAAGUACAACAAGCAUACCUCGGAUACGUCCGAGCACAAAACAGAGGGAUUCGAGGCAGAAGCACACGACAAGCUCCUCCUCCACCAUACACCGCUGCUACCAUCGAGUCAGCAGAGAGAGACGAGCAAGCCCCUCCACCAUAUACAGCCACCAUCACUUCUGCAACACCAACUGCUCAGCUGGAUAGACUGCUCUACAACAAUGCCACCACACCACCAUCACCACCAGAAUACUCAGAAGUCGCUGCUGCUGCUGCAUCACCACCAGACUACGACGACAUUAUUGCUCUUCGCAAUACAGUCACAACCAGCAGAACUCAGCUCUCAAGCCACAACAUCAACAACUUGUUUGCUGGCUGCACGACCAGAACACCUAGAAAGCACCUUGGCAACACUGCCGUUCAAACGUUGAACUUGGUGGUUGGGAGUGAUGGACCUGAACUACCUCCUCGUCCUAAAAAGAUGGGUGUUUGGUCAAGAGUGAAGGGAAAAAUGUGA